AUGGGUAUGGGUAUGAGAGAGUAUGGUCGUGGUGGUGAGGAUGGUGAAGAUGGAGUUGAAGAUGAUGGCGAGAGAGGAGAAAGCUGGAGGCCACAAAGGACUUUAUAUAACCAGCUGGCCAGGCGGCGUUUGAAGAGAAGGCGAUACAGUCAGAGAGCCGCCGCACAUCGUCAUGAGGCAAAGAAGGGAUGCAAGCUAUCGCCCAAGCUCUAA